AGAAAUCUGAUGAUGUAAUGUAAGAAUUGGAACUGAGAGGACAGCAAUAAGUUUGCAACAUGUCUAAACAAGGUGUCAAGGAUUAUUUCAUCUUCAUAAAGAACAAAGUGAGCUCAGACUGGAAGGACCUGGCUUGGUGUCUGGGGUUUGACACACCAGACAUUGAUAACAUUGAAGGCAAACGCCACGAUGACAAGUCCCGCUGUAUGGACCUGUUACAGCAAUGGUACAAACGUGAGGGAAAAGCCGCCACCAUACAUGUGCUGAUGAAGGCACUACAAGAGGCAGAGUUACAACAUGUUGUGGACAGUCUGAAGGACAAAUAUCCAGAGCUUACAGACCUUCCUGUGCAUGUAAACUUGGGCACAGUGCAAGAUAUCAAUGCCAGGGUUUCGGAACGGCUGCUGGAACUGGAGACAACACUAUUCACCCCAGAAGUGCUUCGAGACCGCAGACGCUACAAAAAAAUACUAAAACUUUUCCAGAAACACAAGGUUAUUUUGAAAGAAAUUUUGAAGGGAUCCGUCAUCCUCCUCCUGACGUUCCUGCGCCAGACUGAUGUGGACAGGUUCUACCACAACCACUACAGAGUGGGGGAGGGAACCCUGUCUCAACAACUCUCACACAUCCUCAUCUCAGACGACCUACGGGACAUGGUCAAAGGCUCCCAUCUGAUCGUGAGGCUCCAUGUGAAGCAUGAAGACUAUGUGCGAGUACGAGACAGACUGGGGCAAAAACUGGACCGUUCCACUUCUGUCGACAACCUGCUGACCCUGCCACCCCCCAGUAGACAUGUGGACCGUUCCAGCCUGAGAGGCCUAGACCUGGCUGUGAUUGGUCGAGAGGACCAGCCCUGUACAGACGGGACUGAUGACAUCACCAUGCCGUACAGACAAGUACAGUCAGCCGUACGAACAGCUAGAGAGAAAUACAAACAAGAGGUGAAAGUUCAGCUUGAGACGAUGCAGGGGCAGGUGCAGACAGGCAGGAUUGGAGUAGAUGCCAUGAUGAAGGAGGUAAAGAUGCUGAGAGAGGAAAGGGAGAAAGCACAAAAAAUCCUCCUGGAACAGAAGGCAGAAAUGAAUGAGAAAAUCCAGCAGCUUGAAGAGACCAACAAGGAGAUGGAGACCACAAUAGAGAAGUUGCGGACUGCCAAGCAACCACUGGAGGGUGCACGUGGAAGUCAGCAGAAAGAUCGAGUACAAACCAUGUCAGACCAACAUCCCUUGAAAUCGGUGGAUAGGUCCACAGCAACAAAUACAGAACAAGUCAAACAGUCAGUGGUUCAGCCUGAAAGGAAAGAUGCAAGCACAAAUGUCAGACCAGUCAAUGUGGGACAACCAUGGGUGGAAAAAGUCAGCUUUGGGGGAAGGGGUUCAAGUAAGUUUGACUAUCCUAUAGGGGUAACUGUCUCAGAAGACAAUGAGGUCUACAUUGCUGAUUAUAGUAACAGCAGAAUCCAGGUGUUCGCAAUGGGUGGUGUUUAUAUCAGAGAGUUCACACCAACUCUGCCAGGGGAAAGUAAUAAAAGGUUAAGACCGGAGGAUGUUGCUGUAGAUAGAAAUGACCUGUGGGUGGUGAGUAAGGAUCGCGUAGUGCAGUAUUCCCGGGAAGGCACCAGUUUGGCCACAAUACAUCUCCCAUGUGUUGAAUACGUCCGUGGAGUAACUGUAGUUAUGGCAACAGAACAGGUGAUUGUUACAGAGUAUGACGGGCAGAAUGGUCGACUUCGAGUGUUUAACCAAGAUGGUUCUGAGGUGGGGACAUACGGUUCAGGUCAUAGGUCACCAGAACCUUGGUGGCCAAGAUAUGUCACUGUGGAUGGCGAGGGGAACAUUCUGGUCACUGGUGACAGAAAUCACUGUGUCCAUGUCUUGGACAGAGAGGGGAACUUCAAGUUCAAGUUUGGGAGUGAGGGAUGUGAUGACAGUCAGUUUAAAAGUCCCCAGGGUAUUUGUGUAGAUGGGAUGGGAAACAUCAUUGUGGCCGACAGAGGCAAUUGUUGCGUGAAAAUGUUUGACAGUCAGGGCAGAUUUCUGUGUCAUGUUGCAAGUGGUAUGAAGGGUCCCAAGGCUGUUGCUGUGUCACCAGGUGGAGAUGUGGUGGUGACUGAUAGAUUAUUUCCUAAUGUAUCGAAUGUAUCAGUCUGGACACAGGGUUAGUGCUGUACAAGAUACAGGAGAAAAUAUCACUGCAUGGUUCUCACAAGGAGAAAGCACACAAUCAAAAACCCGCCGUGCCCUUUGUUUGAUCCGCUCAAUCCUGCCGCGAUUCAUAGCAACAAGUCGCAGCAUCUUUGCCCUGCUCUGUCAUGCAAAUGAGCCUAGGCAUGAUGUCACAACCUCCGAUUUCCACCGAGACCAGGCCAACAAGAAAUGAUGUGGCUCAGAUUUUCGAUGAUUUCCUUAUUCAGAACAUUCGGCAGCUGCGCGAUAAUCAUCCUCGGUGUGAACAAAAUGGCCGACAUGUGUAGUUGUUUUGUUUUUUUAGUAUAUUGAUCAGGGAGACAUUUUCAAGAUUCAAUACAUUUCAAGGAUCUGAGGAUCUAUGAAAUGAUAAAAUGCAAGAGAUGUAAAGGAAUAACGACCUUACAGUAAUGUUAUGGGUUACAAAGCUAUAUUGUAAUAAAUAUAUGGCAUUUUUUUAUUAGUUUGAGAAGGUAGUUAUGGAGGCUUGUAUAUUUGCAAAACAUAUUUCCAAAUUGCCCAACAAAAUUUUGACUCAUCUGCAAUUAUGUAUUGCAGAGCACUGUGGUUAGUAUUUCUAACCACUGGUAUAGCACAAUGGAUAGACAAACUGACUACUUUUGUAAUGGAUGAAUGUAUUAUUUGUCUGACCCAGUAUGUCUCAAAUACCAGCUGUACUACAGAUAAGUGCUGGUAAAAUUGAAAGUAACUGCACAUAUAUAUAACGUUAAUAUAUUUCAAAGU